GGGGUGCGAGGGCCCUGUUUUAGGGCCGGGGUGGGCGUGCGAGGGGGAUGGCGGCACGAUGGAGCAGCGAGAACGUCGUGGUGGAGUUCCGCGACUCCCAGGCGACGGCAAUGUCUGUGGACUGUCUUGGGCAGCAUGCCGUGCUUUCUGGCCGCAGAUUCCUAUACAUCGUCAAUCUAGAUGCCCCCUUCGAAGGUCACCGAAAGAUCUCUCGUCAGAGCAAAUGGGACAUCGGAGCCGUGCAGUGGAAUCCUCAUGACAGCUUUGCGCACUAUUUUGCAGCUUCGAGCAACCAACGAGUUGACCUUUAUAAGUGGAAAGACGGUAGUGGGGAAGUGGGCACAACCUUGCAAGGCCAUACUCGUGUCAUCAGUGACUUGGACUGGGCCGUGUUUGAGCCGGAUCUUCUGGUUACCAGCUCUGUGGACACAUACAUCUACAUCUGGGACAUCAAAGACACAAGGAAACCUGCCGUUGCACUGUCUGCUGUAGCUGGUGCCUCUCAGGUCAAAUGGAAUAAAAAAAAUGCUAACUGCCUUGCCACCAGCCAUGAUGGUGAUGUGCGGAUAUGGGAUAAGCGGAAGCCCAGCACAGCAGUGGAAUACCUAGCAGCCCACCUCUCCAAAAUCCACGGCCUCGACUGGCACCCAGACAGUGAGCACGUUCUUGCUACCUCCAGUCAAGACAACUCUGUCAAGUUCUGGGAUUACCGCCAGCCUCGGAAAUACCUCAAUAUUCUCCCUUGCCAGGUGCCUGUCUGGAAGGCCAGAUACACGCCUUUCAGCAAUGGAUUGGUGACAGUGAUGGUUCCCCAGCUGCGGAGAGAAAACAGCCUUCUCCUGUGGAAUGUGUUUGACUUGAACACCCCCGUCCAUACCUUUGUGGGGCACGAUGAUGUGGUGCUGGAGUUCCAGUGGAGGAAACAGAAGGAAGGGUCCAAAGACUACCAGCUGGUCACGUGGUCCCGGGAUCAGACCUUGAGGAUGUGGCGGGUGGAUUCCCAGAUGCAGAGGCUUUGUGCAAAUGACAUACUGGAUGGCGUUGAUGAGUUCAUUGAGAGCAUUUCUCUGCUGCCGGAGCCGGAGAAGACUUUGCACGCUCAAGAUGCAGACCAGCAGCACACCACAAGCCAUGGGGAGGAGGAAGCCCUCAAGGAAGAUCCCCCUAGCAGUGUCUUGGAAGAAAGGAAAUCAGAGCAGUUGGGCCUGCCCCAGACCCUGCAGCAGGAGUUCUCCCUGAUCAAUGUGCAGAUCCGGAACGUGAAUGUGGAGAUGGACGCGGCGGAUAGGAGCUGCACAGUGUCUGUGCACUGUAGCAACCAUCGAGUCAAGAUGCUAGUGAAGUUCCCUGCGCAGUACCCAAACAAUGCUGCACCUUCCUUCCAGUUCAUCAACCCCACAACCAUCACAUCCACCAUGAAGGCUAAGCUGCUAAAGAUCCUGAAGGACACUUCCCUGCAAAAAGUGAAACGCAACCAGAGCUGUUUGGAGCCCUGCCUGCGCCAGUUGGUCUCCUGCCUCGAGUCUUUUGUGAACCAAGAAGACAGCACUUCCAGCAACCCAUUUGCACUCCCAAACUCUGUCACACCACCCUUACCGACGUUUGCAAGGGUCACCACUGCCUACGGGUCAUACCAGGAUGCCAAUAUUCCCUUUCCUAGGACAUCUGGGGCCAGGUUCUGUGGAGCAGGUUAUCUGGUGUAUUUUACAAGGCCCAUGACAAUGCAUCGAGCAGUGUCGCCGACAGAACCUACUCCUAGAUCUCUCUCGGCCUUGUCUGCUUAUCACACCGGCUUGAUUGCACCAAUGAAGAUCCGCACAGAGGCUCCUGGGAACCUCCGAUUGUACAGUGGGAGCCCCACUCGCAGUGAGAAAGAGCAGGUCUCCAUCAGCUCCUUCUACUACAAGGAGCGGAAAUCAAGGCGAUGGAAAAGUAAGCGGGAAGGAUCAGACUCUAGCAAUCGACCCAUCAAGGCGGCUGGGAAAGUCAUCAUUCAGGAUGUCGCGUGCCUCCUUCCUGUCCACAAGUCCCUGGGAGAGCUGUACAUAUUGAAUGUGAAUGACAUUCAGGAAACGUGUCAGAAGAAUGCCACGUCGGCCUUGCUUGUUGGAAGAAAGGAUCUUGUUCAGGUUUGGUCGCUGGCUACGGUAGCUACAGACCUUUGCCUUGGUCCCAAGUCUGACCCAGAUUUGGAAACACCUUGGGCUCGACAUCCAUUUGGGCGACAGCUGCUGGAGUCCCUGUUGGCUCAUUACUGCCGGCUCCGGGACGUACAGACCUUGGCCAUGCUCUGCAGCGUGUUUGAAGCCCAGUCUAGGCCGCAGGGAAUACCAAAUCCCUUUGGGCCGUUUCCCAACCGGUCCUCCACGCUAGUGGUGUCCCACAGUCGAUAUCCCAGCUUUACCUCCUCUGGCUCCUGCUCCAGUAUGUCAGACCCGGGGCUCAGCACAGGGGGCUGGAACAUAGCGGGCAGGGAGGCAGAGCACAUAUCUUCACCCUGGGGAGAGUCUUCUCCUGAAGAGCUCCGCUUUGGGAGCCUGACCUGCAGUGACCCUCGGGAGCGAGAACGUGACCAGCAUGAUAAAAACAAAAGACUUCUUGACCCUGCCAAUACCCAGCAGUUUGAUGACUUUAAGAAAUGCUAUGGGGAAAUCCUGUAUCGUUGGGGUCUGAGAGAGAAGCGAGCAGAAGUGCUGAAGUUUGUUUCCUGUCCCCCUGAUCCACACAAAGGGAUUGAGUUUGGCGUGUACUGCAGCCACUGCCGGAGCGAGGUCCGAGGCACGCAGUGUGCCAUCUGCAAGGGCUUCACGUUCCAGUGUGCCAUCUGCCACGUGGCCGUGCGCGGCUCAUCCAAUUUCUGCCUGACCUGUGGGCACGGCGGCCACACCAGUCACAUGAUGGAGUGGUUUCGGACUCAGGAGGUGUGUCCCACUGGGUGUGGCUGCCACUGCCUGCUCGAAAGCACUUUCUGAACUUGAGAGGGUGGAGCUGUCGGAAGCCCUAGAGGACCACCUAGAGGGUGGAGCUGUCGGAAGCCCUAGAGGACCACCUAGAGGGUGGAGCUGUCGGAAGUCCUAGAGGACACCCGCUGCCGGCAGCAAGCGCUCUGCCAGGAGAGACGGUCGGGAACCCGAGCCCUAGCGGACACCUGGCGCCGGCAGCGAGUGCUCUGCCAGGAGAGACGGUCGGGAACCGCCGAGCCGGGAACGCCUGGUCUUCAUGGGUUGCCACUGCGUCUGUCUGCCUUCUCAUGGACGUCACUGAGGAGGAGGGGACAUGAGCCCAGGGCUUUGUGUGUUGCCUAUGUCAGCUUAGCUACCAAGCAGGAAGUUCUCGUGCAGAAAAGCACCUGCCUGCAGAGCCAGUGUUACCUCGAGGUGUUAGCCUCAAUCCGCUGAGCAGUGUUCUGAUGCCAGUGCCGAGACCACUGUCAGAUGCAAAAGGCAGUCUCCUGAGCCAAAGGACGUGGUGUCAGUGUCGCCGCCCGGUGGGCCUGUGCCGUGUGCAGCUUCAGAAGCUGGGACAUUGGCUGAGCUCAUGGAGAGUGGCCUUCUGGAAAGUGACACUCGCGGUGUAAAUAGGUGAUGUACUUAAGGAGCCCUAAGGUAUAUUUUUGUUUGUCAUUUCUCCUCCAGCUGCUGUUCCUCGGCUAAUAAAAUUCUAGUGGUUUGAAAAAAAACCAGGAAGUGGAAGUGAAUUUAGUGACUCGUUUUUUUACCCUAAUUCUCACUGAGCUUAUUUUGGGUAGGAUGAAAGUCAGUGCUCUGAUUUUUAAAGGAAACGCUGGUUUAUUUUUGUCAUCUGACAGGAGAAAAUAGAAUUUGACGUUUAAGGUUCUUUGCAGCCCCAGGAGUCUCGUAAUGAUUUCUCCCAGAGAGGGAAGAAGAGCUGUCCCCGCAGCGCUGAACCCAGUGUCCCCGCGGCCAUCCGCAUUGCCAGGCCCUGGCGAGCGCCUCUCUUCAUCCGAAUCCCUUGAGAACUGUACCCUUGUUUUUCUGUGUUCUGAGUGGGUGCAAUGCCUGUGCCCACCAGUUCUGCAGUGUGGUUUUCAACUCUUCACAUUGAAUGUAUUCCAGAAAAAAAAGAAAAAAAUUUUGGGUAUUUCUAUUGAAGCUCCUCUUUCUUAAAAUUUUGCAUUUCCACAUUGAUCAGUUUAAGCAGUGCCCCAUGAUUUGAGAGUGUUGUACAUCACUGGGCUUCAAGCUGCAGCCCAGGACACAUUAAUGGAUUCUGAAAUCAUUGUAGCAGAUCACAAACAGUAUGCAGAGGAAAUAAAAUAGUGUAGAAGAGCAGUAACCACGAUGUACCAUAUGGAGAUGAAGUGAAUACAAGAGUAUUCCAGAAAGUCCAUGGAAACAGAUUGAAAUACAAGUUCAUUUUGAUGGAAAAAAAUUUGAAAUCCAUGUUUUUUCACAAUAGGCAUUUUCCUUAAACCUUUUUGAAGACUCCUCUUACGUGUGGAUUUCAGAAUUUAUUUUUUAAAUGAAUUCUUUUUGAAGAUUGAUUUAUUUGAAAGGCAGAAUUAAAGAGAUAAAGGGAGAGACACGGAGGUCUUCUGUCAGCUGCUUCACUCCCCAGAUUGCUGCAAUGGCCGAGGCUGGGCCAGACCGAGGCCAGGAGCCUGAGAUUCCUGCUGGAUCUGCCGUGUGAUCGACAGGAGUCCAUGUACUUAGACCGUCUUCUGUUGCUUUCCCAGGUGCGUUGCACACAUGUGUACUGGAUCACAAUGGAAAUUCAUUGCUAGCUGAAGAUCGUGGCCAACAACAUUCUCUAACACUGUUCUGGGUGAUGCCGAAACCUGCGUUACUGGGUGUGACACACCACGAUGUUAGACAAAGUUCGGCCCCUGUGCUGUGGGGCCAGUGUGUUCACGCGGGGCUGUGACCCAUGUUAAGGUGCCAGCAGCCAGGGACUGGAAGGCCGCUGGAGGAGGGAGGCCAAGGACAGUGAAUCUGUCACGUUCUGCUUCUCCCUGGUGUUGAGGCUGCUGUGACGGGAGCCUCUGCACAGGCUGGCUUAUUGACAGAGGGAGACAGAGGGUCUGUCGUGAUGCCCACUGGGAGCGCGCCGGUUGUCAGGAACAAGCUUUUCCUGUCUACUGUGCACAAGCUGAUGUAAAACUCUGCCCCCUGUCCCCAUCAACACUGGGACUUGUUUUAGUUUGUGUCAUGGAGAAUUGGCCUCCAGAACAGAAAAAUGUUAACAAUAGGUCGGAACCAAUGGGUAUUUCAGGUUUCAAUGUCUUUUUGCUGUGUGUGAAUUCCUUCUGACUUUGCGGUUUACCAGAACAAAGUCCGAUAUUUUCAUGAUGUUCAUGUUUGGAAACAUGUUGGCCUGCACACUGGCCAUGGUCUGUGUUCUCUACCUCGAAUGGAUGACUACCAGCACCUAAGUUGUUUCUCAAAGCGAGACAAGCUAUGCUCCAGAGUGUCUUUGAGCUUGGCAAGGAAGUCAGUCAUAUUUACCAAUCAGAAACCAAAGGUUGCUUAGGCAGCCUCCUGGAAAGAAGGGGUCAAACCUCCUGGGCCGCGACCAGCUCCCUGUCACCAAACACAGUGGAAAUCAUGCUUUCCAUCUUAAUGCCGCACAGGCAAAUCAGCGUCGCUUUGGAAUGUUUCUCUGUGAUUCACGUAAUAGAAACACAUGGAUUCCCUUGCUGGAAGCUCUUUGCCUGCUCACAGUCCCCUGGGUAACCGGCAGGAUGGAGGAGAAAACCAGUUCCUUCUCAGUGGCUUUUAAAACAGCAGGAACUAAGGAAAAGGCAGCACGCGUUCCGUUGGAAGACAGGUGCUGUGGCCACCCUUGGGCGGGAAGGCUGAGGGAGCUCGUUGGAAGUCCCCGUGCAGCAGAGCAGUGUCAUAGAGGGCUGCCUUUGCUAACUGAAGAAACAGCAAUGAAAGCAGCAGCAUCAACAACAACCUCCACCGUUUACCUUUUCCUUCCACCCUCAAGGCAAUGGGGCGUGUCCUUCACACUCAAAAGAUAGAGCCCCAGGGAUAAGACGCACCUUGGAUCCCUCAGUCUUAGAAUCUGACAUCCUAUCAGAAUCAGAUACAAAUCGACCUUAUUGGUACUCUAUCAUACUGACAAGUUUAUUUCAUGAACUGGGUCCCUCACGUUGCUUUCCCAGGUACAUUAGCAGUGCAGCAGCUGGGACUUGAACCUGCACUCCUAUGGGACACUGGUGUUGCAGGCAGCAGCUUACCCUGCAGUGCCACAACAGGGCCCUGGUAUUUUUUUCUUAAGUCUCAGGAGGUCAGACCAGCGUUGUGGCAUAGAGGGUAAAGCCUGUGCCUGAGAUGCUGUCAUUCCAUAUGGGUGCUGGUUCAAGUCCUGGCUGCUCCACUUCCAAUCCAGCUCCCUGCUAUUGGCCUGGGAGAAGUAUCAGAAGAUGACCAAGGUGAUUGGGCCCCUGUCCCCGCGUGGGAGAUCCAGAGGAAGCUCCUGGCUCCUGGCUUCAACCUGACCUCAACCUGGCCUAGACGUGGCCAUUGUGGCCAUCUGGGGAGUGAACUAAUGGAUGAAAGAUUCCCUCUCUCUCUAUCCCCUCUCCCAGAGAGGGAGAGACAGAGAGAAAGGUCUUCCAUCCGUUGGUUCACUCCCCAGAUGGCUGCCGACCUGUACGCCUGCCCACAGAUGAGCACAGGUGAGAUGGGAAGGGCUGAGUAGGUGAUCGGACUUAGUGAAGGGCGUGUGCUGCGUGUGGCGGUACACUAGUGCUGCAGGAUGCUUCUGUUGGAAACUGGGCAAAGGAUGCCCUGUCUCUGUGACUUCCAAGUUUUUCCCAAAUAACAGGUUUAAUUCCAUAGCUGGACACUGCCUCCCACAGUUGGUUCUGAUAAACAGUUACAACUUUUGAGCAUCAACUGGGCCAUGCUAGCCCCUCUCUGGACCGGAGUUCUUGUUGACCAGGGAUCCAUGGGACUUAAGGACUCUUCUGUCCUACGUGGGGAGCAAGAUCCAAUCUGUCAUUAGCACACUGAGGCCUGAACCCCUGGAUCUGCACCCUUGCAUGCUCCCACCUCCUGCAGAGUUGGGCACGGGUGUGGCAAGCAAGAAACUAGGAGCUUGUGUGGGUGUGGGUGGCUCUCAUGAUAUCUGUCUGUCCUUCAACAAGGGUGAGGCCAUUUCCCUUAAAAAGCAGGAAUGGAGAGGAGGGGGAGGCGACUCAGCAGGACCAGGUUCAGCCCCAGCUGCCCCUCUGAGAGGGGGUGGUUGGUAUUGUGUAAUAAGCGUAUCUGACUUCUCUCCAAUUUUAGUCCGUUGACUCAGUUCCCAUAGGGUGGUGGCAGUGGUUUUCCGGUAAGACUUGCACUUGUAAAUCAGUAAAAACUUCCAGGAAGGGAUGACAACUCUGAUGUCUGCCAUCACAGUGGAAAUACACAGCUCCUCUGGGGACACCGGUUAUCUCCUCCCAAACCAGAUGCAGAAGUUCUCAAAGCUGCCCCUGGGGAGAAGGCCUGUUCGUGCAUGGGAGGCCCACGGUCCAGCAAUGUUGAGUUCAGCUAGCCAAAAACACAGACGAAAAGCACAGAGAUGAGUACCCAGCUUUUCUCCAUUACAAAAAUUUACAAGAACACAAAUCCCAAAGCGACCUCUAAUCACAACCCGUGUUUUGCCACCGGAAGCCAGGAUACAGGUGAAGGCUGAGGGAAGCAGAGAUACGGCGGCGGCGCGCUGCUUCCUGGCCUCAGCUGUCUGCGGUUGUGGUUCCGCAGCGCCACUCAGGAGCGCGACCUCUCUCAGCUGGGAGCUUCAGGAGACGGAAACCCCAGCCCAGGCUGCUGCUUUGCUUGGAUGCUUUUGAACCCGAGCUGAAAGGAACGCUGCUUUCAAGUGGAGGGCCUGUACUCUGCCACUUGUUCCAUUUAGACAGAGCAGCUGACAGGUGGAUAGAAACCCAGGCUGUCUAUGUGAUGUUGUUGUUUUUUAUCCUGAACCUUUGCUGAGUGGAAAUCAGAAAUGGAAGAAAGGUAGGAAAGAUCAAUGUCCGUGUCCAAAAUAGGAGGAGUUCUUUCCCACUGGAGAAAUAUCCCAGCAGCUAACGUUCUUGUACCUGGGUCAAACCUGGUGGGUUUUUUUUUUCUUACACAAACAUUUUGGACACGGCUGAGACAAUAGAAUUUAAACACCUCUGCAGGACAAGUAGAGGAGAGAACCUUUAUUGUUUUCUUCCUGGAAGCUGGAAAUCCCGGGAUCCCACGAAGCUCACGAAGCUCACGGCAGGAGCCUUUACAGCUCGGGGUUUCCUGCGCGGUCACACCUCAUAGAAGCAGGGAGACGCCGAACACCAGGUGGCAGCAGAGGUCUAGCUUCUGCCCAGAAGGAAGUUGAGGCGAAAGGUUACUCCAGGCGGAUCUAUACUUGUUUCUAAUGAGAGAGCUGCUCCCCUGUCAUUCGCUGCUCCAGGUUCCUCGAUGCUCUGAUUGGAAAAACAUCACAAAGGAAAAGGUGUUAGGAAUCCUGCCCCUCCCCCACCCUCUUGGAUUUGAACAGGUCUUACACUUUCUUGCUAAAACCCCAGCUCUUAAGGUUAACUUUAAAGAGAGAAACAGCUGCAGCACAGUUGUAAGAAGGAAGAUGGGUGUGGUGGACUCAAAUCCAGGAGUCUGGUUGGUAAAGUGGUUCAAGGGGCUCUAGCAACACUGCAUCCAGAAGCACGUGAGAAAGGCGGAAGUAAGAAAUAAAAACCUAGAGUCUUAGAAGCAAGGUGUGUGUCGUUUUAUGUACUUUGACCCCUGACCCUCACACAGCUCAUUUGAUGGUUGGUGAGAGAGACAGCAUCAAGGGGCCAUUGCUGUGGUGGAGUAGGCUCAGCCUCCGCCUGUGGCACCAGCAUCCUUGUGGGCAUCAGUUCCUGUGCAGCUCCUCUUAUCACCCAGCUCUCUGCUGUGGCCUGGGAAAGCAGUAAUGAUGGCCCAGGUGCUUGGGCCCCUGCACCCACGUGGGAGACCAGGAGGAGGCUUCUGGCUCCUGACUUCAGAUUGGUGCAGCUCUGGCUGUUGCAGCCAUCUGGGGAGUGAACCAACGGAUGGAAGACCUUUCUCUCUGUCUCUCCCUCUCUGUAACUCUACCUCUCACAUAAAUAAAAUCUUUUAAAAAAUAAAUACAAAUUUAAAAUAAACCAACUCUUCUAGCAGUUACAUUCCUUUUACUUUAGAAAUAAUCCUUGGGGUCGGCACUGUGGCAUAGUGGAUAAAGCCACUGCCUGCAGUGCCAGCAUCCCAUAUGGGCGCCGGUUCGAGUCUCAACUGCUCCUCUUCCAAUCCAGCUCUCUGCUAUGGCCUGGGAAAGCAGUAGAAGAUGGCCCAAGUCCUUGGGCCCCUGCACCUGCAUGGGAGACCCAGAGAAGCUCCUGGCUUCUGGCUUUGGAUCAGCCCAGCUCCAGGCAUUAUGUUCAUUUGGGGAGUGAACCAGUGGUUGGAAGACCUUUCUCUAUGUCUGUAACUCUACCUCUCAAAUAAAUAAAAUAAAAUACUUUAAAAAACAACAACAACAAUAAAACUGGGAUCAGAACUCAGCUUUCCUGGAAUGUAAUCUGGUAAAGCCACUAUGGAAGACAGUAUGGAGAUACUUCAGAAAUCUGAAUAUAGACCUGCCAUAUGACCUACCCAUCCCUCUCCUGGGAAUUUACCCAAGGGAAGUGAAAUCAGUAAAUAAAAGCGUUAUCUGCACCCCCAUGUUUAUUGCAACUCAAUUCACAAUAGCUAAGACAUGGAAUCAACAUAAAUGCUUGUCAACGGAAGGCUAGAAAAACAAAUUAUGGGAUAUGUAAAUGAUGGAAUACUACACAGCAGUAAAAAAUGGAAUCUAGUCAUUUGCAACAAAAUGGAUGAAUCUGGAAAACAUCAUACUUAGUGAAAUAAGCCAGUCUCAAAAGGACAAAUACCAUUGGUUCUCCCUGAUCUGUGAGACCUAAUAAAGCACCUAAAACAAAAUCUGUGGAAGUGAAAUUGACACUUCGAGAAGGACUUGAACAGCACUUGUCUUGACUGUCAAAGAACAGUUUUGAUUUUUUUCUUCAUAUUAUUUGUUGAACUGUUCACUUAACAUAGAGUUAAUCAUAUGUGUAUAAAGUCAAUUAAGGAUGGAUCUCAGUAAAAAACUAAGUGGGAAUAAGAGAGAGAGGAGGAAGUUUGCAACUGUAAAGCUGUAUAGUUCUGCAUACAUUCCUAUGGACUUACUUCUAAGGGUACAGUUUAAAAACUUGUCAUGGGAUUCCAAAUCCCUUUAAGCUGGGUGGCAAAAAUGCCAUCUUAAGUGUUAAAGUGAUCACAUUAUGUGUUAAAGUGAACAUAUAGAUAGGAUUAAAUGUUAAAGUGAUCAUAUAAAUCAGAUCAAGUGCCUGGUAAUAAUAACCGAUAGAAUUAAAAAGGAGUGAAUGUUCCAGCAUGGGGAGCCACCCACACAGCAGACUCAUAGAAUGACAAUCGCUUUAAAUAACAACCUGACCUCAGAAUCAGUCUUUAAGGCUUCCUGGUCUGGAGGAAAAGCCCAUGAGAGCAUUUCAGGCAUGGAAAGCUAAUUGUUCUACAUGAAGGAUCUCUGUGAGUGAGGUCCCAGUGGAAAGCAGGAGCCAUCAAAGAAGAAUGUACUUUUCUUUGAAGGGAAGAGAGAACUUUCACUUUUCUUGUGGCCUUGUCCAAAUACUGAUGGAGUUUGUGGAUUCAAAGGCCUCCAUAGCCUAGGCAGCUCAUGUCAAGAGCCUCGGGUGAUCACUGACGACAUACAUAAGAGUGUUAAUUGUUAAAUUAACAACAGGAGUCACUGCGCACUAACUUCCCUUGUGGGACCUCUGUCCUCAGAGUUGUAUUAUGAGAGUUAACUGUAAAACUUGCUCUCAAAUAGUUUGUGUGUGUGUGUGUGCAACUCAGUAUAGAGUUGGUCUUCUGUGUAUAAAGUUAAUUGAAAAUGAAUAUUCAUGGAG